UAUUGUAGACUUCGCAUCAGAACUCGGAAGACCAGAAAAAAGUACUGCGUGAUCCAACUCCAUAUCAGGCUACACACAAACACUUUACUCAGACGCAAUCGCCACCUCAGAUCACCAUCGUCGACAUCGGAGCCACCGUACUUUACUUCAACUAGAUCAUCAUAGUUGACCGUAUCGUGGCCAGAUCUAACCCGAGAGACUGAGGGGAUGGCUUCUCCGGAAGUCGAUUCCCGCCUUAUCAACAGCGUUCUAGUUCCAGCCCUAGAGAAGAUAAUCAAGAACAGUUCGUGGCGCAAACACUCUAAACUUGGUAACGAAUGCAAAUCUGUACUCGAACGCAUUACAUCUCCUGAAAAACCUCCUCCGCUAUCCCCUACUUCCCCUUCGUCAGAGGAAAAUCAAUCAGAUGCCGAGUCGUUAUCACAUUCACAACUUUCCGGCGUGCUGCACGGUUCUGGCGCCUUCGAACUAAGCCUAGCCGAAUCGGAACUUAUUUUAAGUCCUAUUAUCAAGGCUUGCUCUUCGGGAGAUCCGAAGAUCGCUGAGCCAGCUUUAGAUUGUAUACAGAAAUUGAUAGCUCAUGGAUAUCUACAUGGCGAAUCGGAUCCUACCGGUGGAUCCGACGCGAAGCUGUUGUCCAGAUUGAUCGAAUCGGUUUGUAAGUGUUGUGAUUUGGGAGAUGAGGGAGUGGAGUUGUUGGUUUUGAAGACAAUUUUAUCAGCUGUGACGUCUAUUCAGCUGAGGAUACAUGGUGAUAGUUUAUUGCAGAUUGUGAGAACUAGUUACGAUAUUUAUCUCAGCAGUAAGAAUGUGGUCAAUCAGACGACGGCAAAGGCUUCCUUGAUCCAGAUGCUUGUGAUUGUGUUUAGGAGGAUGGAGGCGGAUUCUUCUACAGUGCCAGUGCAGCCGAUAGUGGUUGCCGAGUUGAUGGACCCGCCGGAAAAGGGGGGAGAUGAUGAUGCAUCAAUGGCAAUGUUUGUUCAAGGGUUUAUUAGCAAGGUUAUGCAUGAAAUAGAUGGGGUUUUGAAUCAGGGAACUCCGGUAGCAUCUAAUGGUGGUGUGCAUGAUGGGGCGUUUGAGACCAAGACAUCGACUACAGAGUCAACAAAUCCUGCUGAUUUGUUGGAUUCUACUGAUAAGGAUAUGUUGGAUGCCAAGUAUUGGGAGAUGAGCAUGUAUAAAACAGCUUUGGAGGGGCGGAAAGGAGAGUUGGCAGAUGGGGAGGGGGAGAGGGAGGAUGAUCAGGAUGUGCAGAUUGGGAAUAAGCUCAGAAGGGAUGCGUUUUUGGUGUUUAGGGCUCUAUGUAAGCUAUCAAUGAAGACUCCUCCGAAAGAGGCACUGGCAGACCCUCAGUUGAUGCGGGGGAAAAUUGUUGCAUUGGAGUUACUUAAGAUUUUGCUGGAGAAUGCUGGGGCCAUUUUUAGAACUAGUGAAAGAUUUUUGGGUGCCAUUAGGCAGUACCUAUGCCUGUCUUUGUUGAAGAACAGUGCAUCGACCCUUGUGAUUAUCUUCCAGCUCUCCUGUUCAAUUUUCUUUAGCUUGAUUUCAAGAUUCAGAGCUGGAUUGAAAGCAGAAAUUGGAGUAUUCUUUCCAAUGAUAGUUCUUAGGGUUCUAGAAAAUGUUGCCCAACCUAAUUUCCAGCAGAAGAUGAUCGUACUUCGAUUUUUUGAAAGACUUUGUGUCGAUUCACAGAUCUUGGUAGAUAUAUUUAUCAACUAUGAUUGUGAUGUCAAUUCAUCAAACAUAUUUGAGAGGACGGUAAAUGGACUUCUUAAAACGGCUCAAGGGGUCCAACCUGGGGCUGCAACUACUCUUUUACCACCUCAAGAUGCAGCCUUGAAACAUGAAGCAAUGAAGUGCUUAGUGGCUAUUUUAAAAUCAAUGGGGGACUGGAUGAACAAACAACUGCACAUUCCGGAUCCUUACUCAGAUAAAAAAUUUGAGGUUGUUGAGAACAAUCAUGAAACUGGAGAUUCUCCAACAGAAAAUGGGAAUGCAAAUGAAAGUGAGCCUCAGCCUGUUGAUGGAUUGGAUUCUCAUCCAGAAGCUUCUAAUGAAGUUUCAGAUGCUUCAACAAUUGAGCAACGCCGGGCUUACAAACUUGAACUUCAGGAGGGUAUAUCUCUAUUUAAUAGGAAACCUAAAAAGGGGAUUGAGUUCUUGAUCAAAGUGAACAAAGUGGGGAAUUCACCUGAAGAAAUAGCAGAUUUCUUAAAGCAAGCUUCUGGUUUGAACAAGACUUUGAUUGGGGAUUACCUUGGGGAAAGAGAAGAUCUGUCCCUGAAAGUCAUGCAUGCAUACGUUGACUCCUUUGACUUUGAAAAUAUGGAUUUUGAUGAAGCAAUCAGAUCUUUUCUACGUGGAUUCAGAUUGCCUGGUGAGGCACAAAAGAUUGAUAGAAUUAUGGAAAAGUUUGCUGAACGUUACUGCAAAUGUAAUCCAAAGGCAUUCAUUAGUGCUGACACAGCCUAUGUUCUUGCCUAUUCUGUUAUACUUCUCAACACUGAUGCUCAUAAUCCAAUGGUUAAAAAUAAGAUGUCAGUGGAUGAUUUUAUAAAAAACAAUCGUGGCAUAGACGAUGGAAAAGAUUUGUCCCCAGACUACCUGAAAUCUUUAUAUGAACGAAUUUCAAAAAAUGAAAUUAAAAUGAAGGAAGACGAUUUAGCCCUUCAAAAGAAGCAGGCUGUAAAUUCAAACAGGAUUUUGGGUUUAGACAGCAUACUGAAUAUUGUGGUGCGUAAGAGAGGUGAUGAGAAUAAUACAAGCGAUGAUCUCAUGCAACACAUGCAAGAACAGUUCAAAGAAAAAGCACAAAAAUCAGAGUCAGUUUAUUAUGCUGCAACAGAUGUGUUUAUACUGAGAUUCAUGGUGGAGGUGUGCUGGGCUCCUAUGCUGGCUGCUUUUAGUGUUCCACUUGAUCAAAGUGAUGAUGAAAUAGUGAUUGGUCAAUGUUUGGAAGGCUUUCGGUAUGCAAUACAUGUGACAUCAGCAAUGUCAAUGAAGACUCAUCGAGAUGCUUAUGUGACAUCACUCGCAAAGUUUACUUGCCUUCAUUCACCAGCAGAUAUUAAACAAAAGAAUAUAGAGGCCAUCAAGGCAAUGGUUACAAUUGCAUAUGAGGAUGGGAAUUACCUACAAGAAGCCUGGGAGCAUAUUCUAACAUGUGUUUCUCGAUUCGAGCACUUACAUUUAUUAGGUGAAGGGGCGCCUCCAGAUGCCACUUUCUUUGCUGCUAAUCCAAAUGAAAACAACAAAUCACAGUCAAAGUCAAACAUCCUUCCUGUUCUUAAAAAAAAGGGAGCUGGAAGGAUUCAGCAGGUGGCUGCAGCCAUGAGAAGAGGUACAUAUGACAGUGCUGCUGGCAUUGGUGGCAAUGCUUCUGUAGGGAUCACACCAGAACAAGUCAAUAAUUUGGUCUCUAACUUAAGCAUGCUGGAACAAGUUGGAGAAAUGAAUCGUAUAUUCACAAGGAGUCAGAAAUUAAACAGUGAGGCUAUAAUUGACUUUGUGAAGGCACUUUGUAAGGUGUCUAUGGAGGAGUUGCGCUCUACUUCUGAUCCUAGAGUCUUCAGCCUCACAAAGAUAAUUGAGAUCGCACACUACAAUAUGAACCGAAUCAGGCUUGUGUGGACAAGCAUCUGGAAUGUGCUGUCUGAUUUUUUCGUGACCAUAGGCUGUUCUGAGAAUUUGUCAAUUGCAAUAUUUGCAAUGGAUUCCUUACGGCAGUUAUCCAUGAAGUUUCUAGAGCGGGAAGAGUUGACCAAUUACAAUUUCCAGAAUGACUUCAUGAAGCCUUUUGUGAUUGUCAUGCGCAAAAGCAGUGCUGUUGAAAUUAGAGAAUUAAUAAUCCGGUGUGUCUCUCAGAUGGUCUUAUCACGUGUCAACAAUGUCAAAUCCGGAUGGAAAAGCAUGUUUAUGGUGUUUACAGCAGCAGCUUCUGAUGAGCAUAAAAGCAUUGUACUUUUGGCCUUUGAAAUAAUCGAGAAGAUAGUGCGAGAUUAUUUCCCGUAUAUCACGGAGACCGAAACAACAACUUUCACAGAUUGUGUAAAUUGUUUAAUCGCAUUCACAAACAAUCGAUCCGAUAAAGAUAUCAGUCUGAGUGCUAUAAGUUUCUUGCGCUUCUGUGCUGCUAAACUUGCUGAAGGAGAUCUUGGAUCCUCUUCAGCGUAUGAGGAGGACAAGGAAGCUUCUGAAAAGAUUGCCCCUUCGCCACGUCAGCAAGGAAAAGAGUUGCCAGACAAGGAUGAUCAUCUUUACUUCUGGUUUCCGUUAUUGGCUGGAUUAUCCGAGCUAAGCUUCGACCCUCGACCCGAGAUCAGAAAAAGUGCACUCCAAGUACUCUUUGACACCUUACGAAACUACGGUCAUCACUUCUCUCUACCAUUAUGGGAGCGUGUCUUUGACUCCGCACUCUUCCCCAUCUUUGACUAUGUCCGUCAUGCUUCCGAUCAUGAUCAUGAUCAUUCCUCACUCCACCCACCACCCACUGGUUCCAGUGCUGCUGAUGUGGACGAAUAUGAACUCGAUCAAGACUCAUGGCUAUACGAAACAUGCACACUCGCCCUCCAAUUGGUCAUGGAUCUUUUUGUCAAUUUCUACGACACCGUGAAUCCCCUUCUGGAAAAGAUUCUUUCGUUGUUGGUGAGUUUCAUCAAGCGGCCCCACCAAAGCCUUGCGGGUAUUGGUAUUGCUGCUUUUGUCCGUUUGAUGAGUAGUGCUGGGGAGUUUUUCACUGAUGAUAAAUGGGUUGAAGUGGUUUUGGCUCUUGAACAAGCUGCUAAUCAAACACUUCCUGAUUUCUUCAUUAUUCUUGAUAAAGAUGGAUUGGAGUUGAAAUAUAAACAAGAAGAUGUUUCAAUGGGAGAAACUCAGGAUGACGACAAAGAUCGCCUUUAUGCUGCUAUUUCUGAUGCCAAGUGUCAUGCUGCGGUUCAACUUCUAUUAAUCCAGGCAAUAACAGAGAUCUACAACAUGUAUAGACAUCACCUGUCAACAAGCAACACCAUAACCUUGUUUGAUGCAGUCCACAAAGUAGCAACACACGCCCACACCAUAAACACCAACACCACAUUACGAUCAAGUUUACAAGACCUGGCCCACAUAACCCAAAUGCAAGACCCACCGUUGCUCCGUCUGGAAAACGAAUCCUACCAAAUCUGCCUGAAUCUAAUCCAAAAUCUCACACUUGAUAAACCACCCUUUUACAACGAAUCAAAGGUCGAGUCAUCUCUCGUUUCCCUUUGCCAAGAAGUGCUUCAAUUCUACAUCGAAUUAGCACUUCCUAGACAAAUGACGGAUUCGUCCCCUACCACCCCUAGGUGGUUGAUUCCGUUGGGGUCUGGUAAGAAACGAGAGCUUGCGGCUCGUGGUCCUCUGAUUGUUGUGACUUUGAAGACUAUUUGUAGUUUGGGUGAUUCGGCAUUUGAGAAACAUCUUGGGGGAUAUUUUCCUUUGAUUUCCAGCUUGAUAAAAUGUGAGCAUGGGUCGACUGAUGUUCAGGUGGCUCUGAGCGAGAUGUUGAGGUCUUCGGUUGGGCCUGUUUUGAUGCGUUCCUGUUGAUAGUAUUUGAUAUAAUGAUAUUUUCAAAUUUCAAAUUGUGUGUAAUAUUGUGAUUGUUCAUGGCACUUGUUUUAUUUUUAUUAUUAUUAGUUGUAGUCAGGGAAGGGAAGUUGGCAUCUUUUAGGAAUUAAUACGUCUGUCUGUCUGUCUGAUAAGGAAAGGAAUUUUGUUGUAUCGUUCUGGGCUAUGGAUUCCACCAUGUUGUAACGUGCGUA